UAUUAUCAUAAAGUUUCGUAGAAAAACUUAUUGGACUAUUGGAGUGACAGUGAGUUCAGUGUUUGGGGUGAUCAAGGUUGACACGUGCGUGUUGGAAACGAUGUAUUUUUGAGAACUAUCAUGGAAACAAACCUUGGGAUGCAUAAGUUCUUACCAUUUCUAUUGCUCGGGCUCUUCACCAGAACAACGUAUACAAACAAUGUUUCGAUAUCAGAGGACGUACGUCACCCGAGAGUAAGCGGCCGAAUAGUCAAGCUAUAUUCUGGCAUUAAACCAGAACCAAUCUUGUGUUCUGGUGAAGGCUUCCAAGAGGAUCCGGUUGACUGUGCCGUCUUCUACAGAUGUGUGAUAGGAGCUAACAACAAAUACACCGUUUUCAGAUAUCAAUGCGGACCGGGCACAGUAUAUGACCCUGACACAGAGAUAUGUAACCACCCUAAAAGCACAAAAAGGAUUAAUUGUGGUGGUUAUGCAGCACCCCCCGCUGAACCUGUCAACGAAAAUGAAAUAGAUGGAUCACGUGCAGAAAUACCAUCUCCAAUAAGAAUGAAUCAAGUAUACCCUGAUCAAGCUAUCAAAGCUGACGCUUCGACUAUCUCAACCCAAAAAACUUGGUCUUCACCCGAUUACAAAAGUACAACAAGUGCAUCUACAACCCAUUCAUGGCCAACCACGGUAAAGCAGAAUCUUAGGGCAACUAGAUCCCCAAUGCCUCGUCAGCCGACUCCAGAAAGUGGAGAACCGUGUAUAUCUGACGGAUUUAUGGGUGACAGUGAAAAUUGCCGAAAAUUUUACAGAUGCGUAGGAAAUGGGCGAGGUGGUUAUAUCAGAUACGAAUUUUCUUGCAGUGAACUGACAAUUUGGGAUGAUGAGACACAAGCAUGUAAUCACGCAUGGGUAGUCAAAAAGAGAAGAUGUGGGCGAGGCAGUCCAGAUGAUGAAAAUAAAACCAUCAAAUCUGAUUUUACUAAUGCUGACAAUGAAGUGAAUUCAGAACAAACUAUUCAAUCACAAUUACAAGUAGCUUAUGGCUCUAAAGUUAAUCAAGUACAGACACAAAUAAGCAAAGGUUCCGUGAUACAGAAUCAAACACAAAUAAACUAUGGUGAACGAAUAAAAGAAAAACCUAAUAGUUCCUAUACAAAACAAAACCAAACUCAAAUAUCACAUGGUUCAGCUGUAAGUCAGACACAGACACAAAUUAAUCACGGUAAUAAAGGAUCCCAAACCCAAUUGCAAAUUGAUCAUUCCAAAGAAUCUAGUCAAAGUCAAACACAAAUACAUGAAACAAACACCGAUCAAACUACAGCUUCUUCAUAUGAUGGAGAAACACAGCGGCCUAACGAAGAGAAACCUGUCACUGGGAAUGAAAAUAACGAAUGUACUGAAAGUGGCUUCAUGGGAGACUCGGACGAUUGUAAGAAGUUCUACAGGUGCGUUGACAAUGGAAGAGGUGGAUAUAUAAAAUACGAAUUCACUUGUGGAGAAGGGACUGUAUGGGAUCCUAAUGCAGAAGCAUGCAACCAUGAGUGGGCUGUAAAGGACUGUAAAAAUAAAUCACCAUCACAAUCACAGACCGAAAACAGCAAAACGACCACAACAACAACAACAACAACAACAAGAAAACCUACCACGAUAGAAACGAUUCCCGAAGAGAAUGAAGAUGUUGGGUAUGGUGGUCAAAAUCAACAACCGUCUCAAACAACAACGCACCAAGAUAAACCGUCGACAACUACGGAAAGUAAUAUAGCUACACAAGCUACUGAAGGUAACCAUAUCUCAAGUUCCACUAGUGCACCCGGUGAAAAUGUUUGUAGUUCCAGUGGAUUUAUGGGUGACACUCAAGACUGCAAUAAAUUUUACAGAUGUGUUGAUAAUGGUAAUGGAGGUUACACUCGAUAUGAGUUUACAUGUGGUGAGGGUACGGUAUGGGACUCAAAUUUAGAAGCAUGCAAUCACGCUUGGGCAGUUGAAAAGUGUGGUAAAGGAACGCCAGAUAAAAAUACUCAAGGUACAACCACAACAGCUGACAACAUAUUGCAAGGCGCAGAAAUUGAUAACGGUUAUCCAUCACAGAGUGACAAUAAUGUUGACCAACCAGACCAAAAACCAACAGAAGCCACAAUGUUGAGUACAACAAGUACAGCGACAUCCGCUUCUUCAACAAUAUCGUCACCAAACAGCAAUACUUGCACAUCGAGUGGAUUUAUAGGUGAUAGAAAUGACUGCAAAAAGUUUUAUAGAUGUGUUGAUGACGGCAAAGGUGGUUAUUUUCGUUAUGAGUUUACAUGUGGCGAGGGUACUGUUUGGGAUCAAAGUAUCGAGUCAUGUAAUCAUCCAUCUAAUAAUGACAAAUGUACAGGAAGUGAAGCAGCAACCCAAGAAACUGAAAACGAAGGCACAACUCAAUCAUCAUCUACUGCGCAAAGUGACAGUGAUACAGAAGAAAAUAAUCAAGUCACUACUACCGCAUCUACUGGAAAACCAGCAAACAAACCAACACCUAAUAAAGACUCUUGUACUAAAGAAGGAUUCUUUGGCGAUACAACGAACUGCAAAAAGUUUUACAGAUGUGUCGAAAAUCAGCAAGGUGGUUUUACUAAAUAUGAUUUCACUUGCGGAGAAGGCACAGUAUGGGAUCCAGAAAUUGACGCCUGCAACCAUGAAAGCUCUGUUAAAAAAGAAUCCAGUGCACUAACCGAUGAUCAAACACAACAAGAACCAGCAAACAGUGGAAAUGCUGAGAGUAGUACAUCGCAGCCGAGUACAUCGGGUACAUCAGAGACUACAGAAAAGAUUGAACAAAACCAAGGUACAUCUAAUGACGCUUGUGAGUCGGAAGGAUUCUUUGCCAAUUCAGCUGAUUGCAAGAAGUUUUAUCGGUGUGUUGAUGAUGGUAAAGGAGGCUACACUAAAUAUGAUUUUACUUGCGGUGACGGUACCGUAUGGGACCAACAGGCACAAACGUGCAAUCAUGAGUCAGUUGAGAAUAAAUGCUCAGCAACUUCUGAAAUAAACGCUUCUGAGAACCCUCCGUCAGAAUCAGGAAGCACCACACAAACUGCAGACUCCAAUGAUUCAACAACAUCUACGACUAAACGCCCUAAUAAUGAACAAUCUAAUAACAAAGAUCAAUGUGAUUCGGAAGGUUUUUAUGCUAAUUCAAAUGACUGUAAGAAGUUUUACCGAUGCGUAAGUAAUGAUAAGGGAGGGUACACGAAAUACGAUUUCACUUGUGGAGAAGGUACGAUUUGGGUACAAGAAAUACAAGCAUGUGAUCAUGAUAACGAUAUGUCAAAUUGUAGUUCUCAAAAUUCCGCCUCUACUACAUCCAGUUCGCAAAAUGGUCAAGAUGAACAACCUACCACAAAAGCCUCUACCACUACAACCCAGUCAUCUUUCGAGACGGAAAAUAAUGAAACAGCAAGUGAUUGUUCUAAUAAUUCAAGUUCCAGUUCGAAUCCAAAUCCCCAGUCAAAUGAAUGUAAAAAUGAAGGAUUUUAUCCCAAUAAAAAUGAUUGUAAAAAGUUCUACCGAUGUGUUGAUAAUGGGCAGGGAGGGUACACCAAAUAUGACUUUACUUGCGGCGAAGGUACUGUUUGGGAUUCGGAUAUACAAGCUUGCAAUCAUGAAAAGCAAGUGAAUAAUUGUCAAGGUUCACAAGAAGAAAAUCAAUCAGAACAAGGACCUACUGAACAAAAUCCAUCUCAAACAACAGAAGCAACCAGUACAACUAAAACAUCGACAACCGAAUCUUCAAAUGAAAACAAACCACAAAACAGUAAUGAUAAAUGUGAAAAUAAAGGGUACUUUGGCGACAGCACUGAUUGCCAAAAGUUUUACAGGUGUGUUGAUAACGGGAACGGUGGUUUAACAAAGUACGAUUUUACAUGUGGCGAAGGCACGAUUUGGGAUCAAGAUAUACAAACGUGCAAUCAUCCAGGUGAUGUCCAAAAUCCAUCAUGUAAUAAUAACACAACUACCACAUCUACAACUACUGAAGCCUCAAGUGAAGCAUCGUCAACCACUACUACUAGAUCGCCAACAAGCUCUGAAUCGUCAUCAUCCUCGUCAACAACUGAAAGCUCAUCAGACUGUUCUCAAGGUUCCACGCAAAAACCUCAAAAGUCACAGGUCAAUUGCACUAAAGCAGGAUUUUACGCUGAUCCUGACGACUGUAAGAAAUUCUAUAGGUGUGUAGGUUGGGACAAUAAUGGUCAAAGGUUUUCGGUUUAUCAUUUCGAAUGUGGAGAGGGUACGAUAUGGGAUCCAGAACUGGAAACAUGUAACCAUGAAGAUUCUGUAUACCCUCCUCGUGACUGUUCUGGGGCUCAAAAUCUAAAUAGUGAGGAAUCUACGACAACAACAACAACUACUACUACUACUACAACUGAAAAAUCCACAACUCAGCAAUCAACGACAACUGAAGAAUCAACAAUGCAACAAUCUACAACUGAAUUGUCAACGACACAAGAAACAUCAACGACUGAAGAAAGUACGACUGAGCAAACUACUACUGAAAAAUCGACAACCACAGAAAAAACUACAACCCAGCAAUCUACUACGGAACAAAGUACUACAGAGAAAUCGACGACUACUGAAAAGAGUACUACUGAAAAAAGCACUACUCAGUCUAGUACCACAGAGCAAACUACUGAACAAUCGAGUACUACGGAGCAGUCCACUACAGAAAGUACCACCACUGAUCAGACGAGUACUACAGAGCAAUCUACCACGGAACAGUCAAGUACCACACAACAAUCAACUACCAGUGAGGAAACGACAACGGAACAAUCUACUACUGAGCAAUCUACUACGACAACUGAACAAAGUACCACUGAAGGAACGACUGAAAGUUCAACAGAACAAUCAUCGGCUACGGAAGAAUCGACCACACAAGAAUCAAGUACAACUGAACAGUCAAGUACAUCUACUACAGAACAAAGUUCUGAGAGCACUACAACAGAAGAUAAUCAGGAAUCUACUACUGAAAACAGUUCCUCAAGCUCAAAAGAUUGCCCAGAAACGGAGGAUGAUCAAUACCUUUACGUAUGCCCAACUUCAUUUAAGCGGCAUCCCAAGUAUUGUAAUAUGUUCUAUCAGUGCACUGAAGAUAAUGAUACCCAUGACCUUGACAUAGCUGUUUUCAAAUGUCCUAAUGACACAAUUUAUGAUGAAAGUAAAAAUCAAUGUGUUGAAGAGAAAAAUGCUGACAAGAAAUGUGACGGCGAGAAAGCUGAUAGGCGAAGAGUAAAACGUCUAGGUGCCAACUAUAAAGAACCGAUUAUCGCAAGCAAAGAUCCUCUCACUUGUCCAUCAACGGGCCACUUCCCAUUCGAAAAAGCCGAAUGUUCGCCGGCGUUUUUGAAAUGUGAUAAAACGAAAUCUGGCAAAUUGAGAGGUUAUGUAAACCAAUGUCCCGAUGGAUACGUCUAUUGGUCAGUGAGCAGAAGAUGUGAAGCGAAGUAUAAAGUAAGAGAUUGUAAGAAGACCACUAAUGACUGGAGCGGACGAUGGGAUAUACCAAUAGAAAGAAGACACGUGCGUGUUGGAAACGAUGUAUUUUUGAGAACUAUCAUGGAAACAAACCUUGGGAUGCAUAAGUUCUUACCAUUUCUAUUGCUCGGGCUCUUCACCAGAACAACGUAUACAAACAAUGUUUCGAUAUCAGAGGACGUACGUCACCCGAGAGUAAGCGGCCGAAUAGUCAAGCUAUAUUCUGGCAUUAAACCAGAACCAAUCUUGUGUUCUGGUGAAGGCUUCCAAGAGGAUCCGGUUGACUGUGCCGUCUUCUACAGAUGUGUGAUAGGAGCUAACAACAAAUACACCGUUUUCAGAUAUCAAUGCGGACCGGGCACAGUAUAUGACCCUGACACAGAGAUAUGUAACCACCCUAAAAGCACAAAAAGGAUUAAUUGUGGUGGUUAUGCAGCACCCCCCGCUGAACCUGUCAACGAAAAUGAAAUAGAUGGAUCACGUGCAGAAAUACCAUCUCCAAUAAGAAUGAAUCAAGUAUACCCUGAUCAAGCUAUCAAAGCUGACGCUUCGACUAUCUCAACCCAAAAAACUUGGUCUUCACCCGAUUACAAAAGUACAACAAGUGCAUCUACAACCCAUUCAUGGCCAACCACGGUAAAGCAGAAUCUUAGGGCAACUAGAUCCCCAAUGCCUCGUCAGCCGACUCCAGAAAGUGGAGAACCGUGUAUAUCUGACGGAUUUAUGGGUGACAGUGAAAAUUGCCGAAAAUUUUACAGAUGCGUAGGAAAUGGGCGAGGUGGUUAUAUCAGAUACGAAUUUUCUUGCAGUGAACUGACAAUUUGGGAUGAUGAGACACAAGCAUGUAAUCACGCAUGGGUAGUUAAAAAGAGAAGAUGUGGGCGAGGCAGUCCAGAUGAUGAAAAUAAAACCAUCAAAUCUGAUUUUACUAAUGCUGACAAUGAAGUGAAUUCAGAACAAACUAUUCAAUCACAAUUACAAGUAGCUUAUGGCUCUAAAGUUAAUCAAGUACAGACACAAAUAAGCAAAGGUUCCGUGAUACAGAAUCAAACACAAAUAAACUAUGGUGAACGAAUAAAAGAAAAACCUAAUAGUUCCUAUACAAAACAAAACCAAACUCAAAUAUCACAUGGUUCAGCUGUAAGUCAGACACAGACACAAAUUAAUCACGGUAAUAAAGGAUCCCAAACCCAAUUGCAAAUUGAUCAUUCCAAAGAAUCUAGUCAAAGUCAAACACAAAUACAUGAAACAAACACCGAUCAAACUACAGCUUCUUCAUAUGAUGGAGAAACACAGCGGCCUAACGAAGAGAAACCUGUCACUGGGAAUGAAAAUAACGAAUGUACUGAAAGUGGCUUCAUGGGAGACUCGGACGAUUGUAAGAAGUUCUACAGGUGCGUUGACAAUGGAAGAGGUGGAUAUAUAAAAUACGAAUUCACUUGUGGAGAAGGGACUGUAUGGGAUCCUAAUGCAGAAGCAUGCAACCAUGAGUGGGCUGUAAAGGACUGUAAAAAUAAAUCACCAUCACAAUCACAGACCGAAAACAGCAAAACGACCACAACAACAACAACAACAACAACAAGAAAACCUACCACGAUAGAAACGAUUCCCGAAGAGAAUGAAGAUGUUGGGUAUGGUGGUCAAAAUCAACAACCGUCUCAAACAACAACGCACCAAGAUAAACCGUCGACAACUACGGAAAGUAAUAUAGCUACACAAGCUACUGAAGGUAACCAUAUCUCAAGUUCCACUAGUGCACCCGGUGAAAAUGUUUGUAGUUCCAGUGGAUUUAUGGGUGACACUCAAGACUGCAAUAAAUUUUACAGAUGUGUUGAUAAUGGUAAUGGAGGUUACACUCGAUAUGAGUUUACAUGUGGUGAGGGUACGGUAUGGGACUCAAAUUUAGAAGCAUGCAAUCACGCUUGGGCAGUUGAAAAGUGUGGUAAAGGAACGCCAGAUAAAAAUACUCAAGGUACAACCACAACAGCUGACAACAUAUUGCAAGGCGCAGAAAUUGAUAACGGUUAUCCAUCACAGAGUGACAAUAAUGUUGACCAACCAGACCAAAAACCAACAGAAGCCACAAUGUUGAGUACAACAAGUACAGCGACAUCCGCUUCUUCAACAAUAUCGUCACCAAACAGCAAUACUUGCACAUCGAGUGGAUUUAUAGGUGAUAGAAAUGACUGCAAAAAGUUUUAUAGAUGUGUUGAUGACGGCAAAGGUGGUUAUUUUCGUUAUGAGUUUACAUGUGGCGAGGGUACUGUUUGGGAUCAAAGUAUCGAGUCAUGUAAUCAUCCAUCUAAUAAUGACAAAUGUACAGGAAGUGAAGCAGCAACCCAAGAAACUGAAAACGAAGGCACAACUCAAUCAUCAUCUACUGCGCAAAGUGACAGUGAUACAGAAGAAAAUAAUCAAGUCACUACUACCGCAUCUACUGGAAAACCAGCAAACAAACCAACACCUAAUAAAGACUCUUGUACUAAAGAAGGAUUCUUUGGCGAUACAACGAACUGCAAAAAGUUUUACAGAUGUGUCGAAAAUCAGCAAGGUGGUUUUACUAAAUAUGAUUUCACUUGCGGAGAAGGCACAGUAUGGGAUCCAGAAAUUGACGCCUGCAACCAUGAAAGCUCUGUUAAAAAAGAAUCCAGUGCACUAACCGAUGAUCAAACACAACAAGAACCAGCAAACAGUGGAAAUGCUGAGAGUAGUACAUCGCAGCCGAGUACAUCGGGUACAUCAGAGACUACAGAAAAGAUUGAACAAAACCAAGGUACAUCUAAUGACGCUUGUGAGUCGGAAGGAUUCUUUGCCAAUUCAGCUGAUUGCAAGAAGUUUUAUCGGUGUGUUGAUGAUGGUAAAGGAGGCUACACUAAAUAUGAUUUUACUUGCGGUGACGGUACCGUAUGGGACCAACAGGCACAAACGUGCAAUCAUGAGUCAGUUGAGAAUAAAUGCUCAGCAACUUCUGAAAUAAACGCUUCUGAGAACCCUCCGUCAGAAUCAGGAAGCACCACACAAACUGCAGACUCCAAUGAUUCAACAACAUCUACGACUAAACGCCCUAAUAAUGAACAAUCUAAUAACAAAGAUCAAUGUGAUUCGGAAGGUUUUUAUGCUAAUUCAAAUGACUGUAAGAAGUUUUACCGAUGCGUAAGUAAUGAUAAGGGAGGGUACACGAAAUACGAUUUCACUUGUGGAGAAGGUACGAUUUGGGUACAAGAAAUACAAGCAUGUGAUCAUGAUAACGAUAUGUCAAAUUGUAGUUCUCAAAAUUCCGCCUCUACUACAUCCAGUUCGCAAAAUGGUCAAGAUGAACAACCUACCACAAAAGCCUCUACCACUACAACCCAGUCAUCUUUCGAGACGGAAAAUAAUGAAACAGCAAGUGAUUGUUCUAAUAAUUCAAGUUCCAGUUCGAAUCCAAAUCCCCAGUCAAAUGAAUGUAAAAAUGAAGGAUUUUAUCCCAAUAAAAAUGAUUGUAAAAAGUUCUACCGAUGUGUUGAUAAUGGGCAAGGAGGGUACACCAAAUAUGACUUUACUUGCGGCGAAGGUACUGUUUGGGAUUCGGAUAUACAAGCUUGCAAUCAUGAAAAGCAAGUGAAUAAUUGUCAAGGUUCACAAGAAGAAAAUCAAUCAGAACAAGGACCUACUGAACAAAAUCCAUCUCAAACAACAGAAGCAACCAGUACAACUAAAACAUCGACAACCGAAUCUUCAAAUGAAAACAAACCACAAAACAGUAAUGAUAAAUGUGAAAAUAAAGGGUACUUUGGCGACAGCACUGAUUGCCAAAAGUUUUACAGGUGUGUUGAUAACGGGAACGGUGGUUUAACAAAGUACGAUUUUACAUGUGGCGAAGGCACGAUUUGGGAUCAAGAUAUACAAACGUGCAAUCAUCCAGGUGAUGUCCAAAAUCCAUCAUGUAAUAAUAACACAACUACCACAUCUACAACUACUGAAGCCUCAAGUGAAGCAUCGUCAACCACUACUACUAGAUCGCCAACAAGCUCUGAAUCGUCAUCAUCCUCGUCAACAACUGAAAGCUCAUCAGACUGUUCUCAAGGUUCCACGCAAAAACCUCAAAAGUCACAGGUCAAUUGCACUAAAGCAGGAUUUUACGCUGAUCCUGACGACUGUAAGAAAUUCUAUAGGUGUGUAGGUUGGGACAAUAAUGGUCAAAGGUUUUCGGUUUAUCAUUUCGAAUGUGGAGAGGGUACGAUAUGGGAUCCAGAACUGGAAACAUGUAACCAUGAAGAUUCUGUAUACCCUCCUCGUGACUGUUCUGGGGCUCAAAAUCUAAAUAGUGAGGAAUCUACGACAACAACAACAACUACUACUACUACUACAACUGAAAAAUCCACAACUCAGCAAUCAACGACAACUGAAGAAUCAACAAUGCAACAAUCUACAACUGAAUUGUCAACGACACAAGAAACAUCAACGACUGAAGAAAGUACGACUGAGCAAACUACUACUGAAAAAUCGACAACCACAGAAAAAACUACAACCCAGCAAUCUACUACGGAACAAAGUACUACAGAGAAAUCGACGACUACUGAAAAGAGUACUACUGAAAAAAGCACUACUCAGUCUAGUACCACAGAGCAAACUACUGAACAAUCGAGUACUACGGAGCAGUCCACUACAGAAAGUACCACCACUGAUCAGACGAGUACUACAGAGCAAUCUACCACGGAACAGUCAAGUACCACACAACAAUCAACUACCAGUGAGGAAACGACAACGGAACAAUCUACUACUGAGCAAUCUACUACGACAACUGAACAAAGUACCACUGAAGGAACGACUGAAAGUUCAACAGAACAAUCAUCGGCUACGGAAGAAUCGACCACACAAGAAUCAAGUACAACUGAACAGUCAAGUACAUCUACUACAGAACAAAGUUCUGAGAGCACUACAACAGAAGAUAAUCAGGAAUCUACUACUGAAAACAGUUCCUCAAGCUCAAAAGAUUGCCCAGAAACGGAGGAUGAUCAAUACCUUUACGUAUGCCCAACUUCAUUUAAGCGGCAUCCCAAGUAUUGUAAUAUGUUCUAUCAGUGCACUGAAGAUAAUGAUACCCAUGACCUUGACAUAGCUGUUUUCAAAUGUCCUAAUGACACAAUUUAUGAUGAAAGUAAAAAUCAAUGUGUUGAAGAGAAAAAUGCUGACAAGAAAUGUGACGGCGAGAAAGCUGAUAGGCGAAGAGUAAAACGUCUAGGUGCCAACUAUAAAGAACCGAUUAUCGCAAGCAAAGAUCCUCUCACUUGUCCAUCAACGGGCCACUUCCCAUUCGAAAAAGCCGAAUGUUCGCCGGCGUUUUUGAAAUGUGAUAAAACGAAAUCUGGCAAAUUGAGAGGUUAUGUAAACCAAUGUCCCGAUGGAUACGUCUAUUGGUCAGUGAGCAGAAGAUGUGAAGCGAAGUAUAAAGUAAGAGAUUGUAAGAAGACCACUAAUGACUGGAGCGGACGAUGGGAUAUACCAAUAGAAAGAAGUAACGUUGCAACAUAAGAUAAUAAUUUUAAAAUAAUAUGUAUAAAAUGACAACAAUAACAAAUCAAUCUACCUUGUCUACUUGCAUUUGUGCAAUAUUCUAAUUAUCUUGUUAAAAAUCUGUAUAUAAGUAGGUAUUAACGGUACUCUUGUCCCGUAGGUGGACUAACGAUUUAUUAAGUAUUUGCAUUCACAGCAAAGACGUUUCGAUAAAAUUGUUCGUAUUUAAGUAUCUAGUCUCGUAAAAAUAAAAGGAAACAUUUUAGACGUCAAUUAUAUUUUGCUGCCAUAAUUUUAAGUCGAGGGUGAACUUGUGGUCAAAAUAUUGUCACAUAUAACAUUAUUUUGAGCACGACUUGUGUAUAAUAGGCUAAUAAAUUACUAUUUUAUAAGU